AACACGACUUUAGUUUAUACUGAAGUUUCAAAGCUCAAAACCCAGAUGCUCUACCAAAAUCAAAAGCCCUAACCGCCGUAGCCAUCGCCACCGUCGGCUCCACCGCCACCGGCGUUUGUUGCGCAUUUCAAUAGAUUCAGCGUCGUUUUUUCAACCGUACGUAUCUAAGAAAAGAAAAUGGCUUGUCUGCAUUACGGAAAAAAUAUUCUGCGGCGGAGCUCGAUGCACCACCCGUUGUUCUACGCGGCUCAAGGCGUGCGAUACCGGAAGCUGGAAGUUAUUCUGACAACGACGAUUAAUAAGCUCGGAAAAGCUGGUGAAACUGUUAAGGUUGCGCCGGGGUAUUUCCGGAAUUAUUUGAUGCCGAAGUUGCUUGCUCUGCCAAAUAUCGACAAGUUCGCGCAUCUCAUUCGCGAACAGCGUAAGAUUUACCAGCCCGAGGAAGUUGAAGAGGUUAAAGUAGUUUCAAAGUCGGAGGAAAUCAACAGUAAAGAGUAUGAGUUUGCAGCGAAUCGCCUUGCUAAAGCAAAACUGAAUAUAAGAAAGUUCAUCAUAGAGGGAAAAGGCAAUGAAGUGCGUGAACCAGUGACCAAAGAAGAAAUCUUAGCAGAGAUUGCGAGGCAACUUCAAGUGCAUAUUGAACCUGAAAAUCUGCAUUUACCAACUGCUUUAUCCUCUUUGGGGGAGUACAAGGUGCCACUACGCCUCCCAAAAGCUAUACCUAAGCCAGCAGGCGAGGAGUGGGUCCUCAAUGUCAAAGUUAGGAAAAGGUGAGGGACUAAUCUGCAGCAGAUAAAACGCUUCAAUGAUCAGAAUUAUGAACAGAUUAAGCCUUUUAAGGAUAUUGUUUACGAAUUCACGUCUUUUUAUUGCGAGUCAGAGAGCGUAUGAUCUCAGCAUUCGGUAUUUUGUCCUCCAGUAGUAGUAUAAGUGCCUAUUUGAUGAUAGAAAAUGUAAGGCUUUUUGUUGCGCAGUUUUCGAAUGCUCAAAUAAAAAUACUGUCCUGGCUGAAGUGCAAUUUACGUUCCUUUUCGUCUUUGUUUGGUGUGGCCUAAUUUGUACCGUCUGCUCGUUUUAGUCCGCUUCGAUCAACAACUAUGAGUAUAUGUUUAUGUUUUACAAGAACUUAAUGCAAUUCGUAAAAUUGAAUCUU